AUGGCUGUGUCCUGGAGGAGCUGGCUCGCCAACGAAGGGGUUAAACACCUCUGCCUGCUCGUUUGGCUUACCCUGAAUGUCCUACUUUUCUGGAAAACCUUCUUGCUGUAUAACCAAGGGCCAGAAUACCACUACCUCCACCAGAUGUUGGGGCUAGGAUUGUGUCUAAGCAGAGCCUCUGCAUCUGUUCUUAACCUCAACUGCAGCCUUAUCCUUUUACCCAUGUGCCGAACACUCCUGGCUUACCUCCGAGGAUCCCAGAAGGUUCCCAGCAGGAGAACAAGAAGAUUGUUGGAUAAAAGCAGAACAUUCCAUAUAACCUGUGGUGUUACUAUCUGUAUUUUCUCAGGUGUGCAUGUGGCUGCCCAUCUGGUGAAUGCCCUCAACUUCUCUGUGAAUUACAGUGAGGAUUUUAUUGAUCUGAAUGCAGCAAGAUACCGAGAUGAGGAUCCUAGAAAACUUCUCUUCAUGACUGUUCCUGGCGUGACGGGGGUCUGCAUGGUAGUGGUGCUGUUCCUCAUGAUUACAGCCUCUACAUAUGCAAUCAGAGUUUCUAAUUAUGAUAUCUUCUGGUAUACUCAUAACCUCUUCUUUGUCUUCUAUAUGCUGCUUAUGUUGCAUGUUUCGGGAGGGCUGCUGAAGUAUCAAAUUAACUUAGAUACCCACCCUCCUGGCUGUAUCAAUAUUAACAGAAGCCGCACACAGAAUAUUUCUUUACCAGAGUAUCUCUCAGAACAUAUUCCUGAACCUCCCCCUGGAGGAUUUUCAAAACCAGAAGAGAGCACUCAGGACACAUUUGUGAAGAUCUGCAUGGAAGAGCCCAGGUUCCAAGCUAAUUUUCCACAGACUUGGCUUUGGAUUUCUGGACCUUUGUGCCUGUACUGUGCCGAAAGACUUUAUAGGUAUAUCAGGAGCAAUAAACCAGUCACCAUCAUAUCAGUCAUAAGUCAUCCCUCAGAUGUCUUAGAAAUCCGAAUGAUCAAAGAAAAUUUUAAAGCAAGACCUGGUCAGUAUAUUACUCUACAUUGUCCCAGUGUGUCUGCGUUAGAAAAUCAUCCAUUUACCCUCACAAUGUGUCCUACUGAAACCAAAGCAACAUUUGGGGUCCAUCUUAAAAUAGUAGGAGACUGGACAGAACGGUUUCGAGAUUUACUACUACCUCUACCUACUCAAGAUGCUGAGAUUCUACCCUUCAUUCAAUCUAGAAGUUAUCCCAAGCUAUACAUAGAUGGUCCAUUUGGAAGUCCAUUUGAGGAAUCACUGAACUAUGAGGUUAGCCUCUGUGUGGCUGGAGGCAUUGGAGUGACCCCAUUUGCAUCAAUACUCAACACCUUGCUGGAUGACUGGAAACCAUACAAGCUUAGAAGACUAUACUUUAUUUGGGUGUGCAGAGACAUCCAAUCUUUCUGUUGGUUUGCAGACUUGCUCUGUAUGUUGCAUAAUAAGUUUUGGCACGAGAACAGACCUGACUAUGUCAACAUCCAGCUGUACCUCAGUCAAACAGAUGGAAUACAGAAGAUAAUUGGAGAAAAAUAUCAUGCACUGAAUUCAAGACUGCACAUUGGACGUCCUCGAUGGAAACUUCUGUUUGAUGAAAUAGCAAAAUGUAACAGAGGGAAAACAGUUGGUGUUUUCUGUUGUGGACCCAAUUCCAUUUCCAAGACUCUUCAUAAACUAAGUAACCAAAACAAUUCAUAUGGGACAAGAUUUGAAUACAAUAAAGAAUCAUUCAGCUGAAGACCUUUCUCAUGAGCCAGGAGUCUAAAGAUGGAAUGAGUGCAAUUUCUAAGACUGUGCAACUCAGCUGAGUCAAACAGCUAUGUUGUGCCAAAGAGUAGCAAGGUUGUCUUAUUUAUGAUUAUUUAAAAUGGAAAUGCAGAAAAUGUGGCAAGAUGAAAGGUCAUAUUAAAUGUUUAAUCUGGAAACCAAAGAAGCCCCAAAGAACAUUUGAUGUGAUGAUUCACUUUUCAAUCCUCAAAUUAAAAGAAAACUAUUAGAUGCACACUGUUGAUUUUUAUAGCAGAUUCAAAAACUCUCUAGUGAGGAACUGAAUUCACUCACUCUGAGGCUUAUAGCCAUGGUCCUCUUUAAAUUGUUUUUGGUUGAACCAAUGCAAGAUUGAACAAAAUUAAAAAUUCACUGAAACUCAGAUUGCAUUUCCUAUGUUGUAUAUAAACAGAAUAGCUUUAGCUUGGAAAAGCUCCAGGCAAAUGUAUUAAAUGUUUGAAAAUGCACCACAGGACUCUGUAUUGGUACGGGUAGAUAAGAUAUCUAAUCUUUUUCACUGCUUAUACUAAAACUUGUUGUCUGUAGACUAUAUGCUGACUGAACUGUGUGCAGGUGUUAAUAUCAUAUCUAUUUUUAAUAUCUUUCUUUAUUCCUUUUCCUCAAGGUAAAUAUGCCCUCCCUGAGCAUGCAUUAGGCAUGAUGAUUUAAUAGGCCCUUGUUUGUUAACAAUUUAUUUAGUCUGUUGCUAUUGCAUAGUAUUGAAAAUAUCACUAGCAUAAAUUAUAAAGGGACAUAUAUGUGAAUA